AUGCCAUUCAGGAUCCUGGCUCUACUCCUAUCAGUAAUCCUACCUUUUGGGCACUUGGACUUGGUCCAAGGCACUGCCAUAAACAUCACAGAAGCUCCCUGGCAGGCAUCGGUUCUGGUGAACGACAAGCAUCGUUGCGGGGGAGUGAUCUACAGCAAGGAUGUCGUCUUAACCAUUGCUCAGUGUGUCAAAGGUGUCAGAACGGGUAACCUCGCUGUUCGAGUGGGAUCCGACAAGAAGGACCUCGGCGGUCAGGUGCUACCAGCAAACAGGGUGGUCACGCAAGCGUUGGGCCUGCUUCCCAGUGAUGUGGUCAUCAUAGCACUAGAGAAGUCCAUUGAUUUGGAUGACAAUGCCAAGUCCAUUGAUCUGGCCAGUAGGUUGCCCAAGCUGGAUACUGAGGCCUCAGUAACUGGCUGGACAGAGGUGGUGGGCGAAGACCCCGCAGAGGAAUUUUUAAUGAGAACAAACGUCACCGUUGUCGAAAAUUUAGAGUGCAGGAGCGAUGGUUUCUUUAUAAAGCGGAUUCUAAGGCCCAAUGAACUGUGUGCCUCGAAAUCAAACUCUACUAAUGUCGCCUGUCAAGGGUUCUCCGGCAGCCCCUUGGUCUCUGAUGGAAAGCUGAUUGGCAUCGCAUCCUGGAACGUGAAGUGCGAUUUUCUCCAAUCACCCAGUGUGUAUGCAGAUAUCGCGGUGAUUAAGCCAUGGAUCAGCAGCACCGCUAAGCUAUUGAAUGUUUUUUAA